GGGGCGGGGCCUCCCAGGAGUACACCUUUUAGGGCUGCGGGCAGAGGCUGCGGUUUAGGAAGCCUAACGAGUGCGAGAGGAAUCCGUACGUGGCUGUUGUUUGGAGGCUGUGCGUUAGAGGUAUCCAUGGAGAACAGUGAACACACGGUGGAUGCAAAAUCCAUUAAAAAUUCGGAAACAAAGAUCUUACAUGGAAGCAAAUCAGUGGACUCUGGAAUGUCCUUGGACAACAGUUAUAAAAUGGAUUAUCCUGAAAUGGGUUUAUGUAUAAUAAUUAAUAAUAAGAACUUUCAUAGAAGUACUGGAAUGGCACCUCGGUCUGGUACAGAUGUAGAUGCAGCAAACCUCCGGGAAACAUUCACGAACUUGAAAUAUGAAGUCAGGAAUAAAAAUGAUCUCACAUGCGAAGAAAUUUUGGAAUUAAUGGACAGUGUCUCUAAAGAAGAUCAUAGCAAAAGGAGCAGUUUUGUUUGUGUACUUCUAAGCCAUGGGGAUGAAGGAAUAAUUUUUGGAACCAAUGGACCUGUUGACCUGAAAAAACUAACAAGUUUCUUCAGAGGGGAUUACUGUCGAAGUCUGACUGGAAAACCCAAACUUUUCAUUAUUCAGGCCUGCCGAGGCACAGACCUGGACUGCGGUAUUGAGACGGACAGUGGCGCCGAGGACGACAUGGCCUGUCAGAAAAUACCAGUUGAAGCGGAUUUCCUGUAUGCCUAUUCCACGGCCCCUGGUUACUAUUCCUGGCGAAACUCAAAGGACGGAUCCUGGUUCAUCCAGUCACUCUGCACGAUGCUGAAACUGUAUGCUCACAAGCUUGAGUUUAUGCACAUUCUUACCCGGGUUAACCGAAAGGUAGCCACAGAAUUCGAGUCCUUUUCUCUUGACUCUGCUUUUCAUGGAAAGAAACAGAUUCCAUGUAUUGUGUCUAUGCUCACAAAAGAACUGUAUCUUUACCACUAAAGAUGGAUGGUGGUUUUGGUUUCUUUAUUUUAUUUUUUAUUUUUUAUUUUUUUUAGUUCAUAUGCCAAGUGAGGAAAUGGUUUAACUGAUCCUGUAUUUUCCUCUCAUUUUAAUCUAAUCGAAUACUUCACAUGGUACUUUGGAACCUGCUACUUUCAUAGCAAUAAAACUAUAAGGCUACCUCACUCUCAGAACCAGGUAGUCAAAAUUGAAUUUAAUUAGGAAUAAAUAAAAAUGGGUAGUAGUACAAUCGUUGUGAGAGGAAAUGUUUCUAAAUCAACUGCCCUGAAAAUUAACAAGUUUCAGUGAUGCUGUUAUGAAUUUUUAAGUAAUCACGAAAGAGGUUAAACACUGUAAUUAUAAAUUUCAAUGAUCUUAACAUGCUCCUAUAUGAGAGUAUGUACUCUGAUUUUUGUCAAACCACAGACACGCUAAUGGGAAAUAAUGUAUCCUAGAAUGUGGGGCUCCGUGGGCAGGGUCAAAGUCCUAAAGACCUACCUUGAUUUUAGAAUCAGGAUUUGGAGACAAGUCAAUUGUAUUUUUUGGUAAUUUGUCUGAGAGCAUGGUUUUGUGAUGUUAGGCCCCAGCAUGUCUUUAUUGCAAAAAGUCAUGUUUAGUAUUGAAAAGGAAACUAAUUAUUUUGCCAGAGGAAUUAUGAGCAAAUCUCGUUGACUCUCGCCAGGAAUGUAGCUAAAUGCAACAUCAAGAGGGGGUAGGCCGUGUUAGAACUACAAGGUGCAGAGAUGCAGCUAUCCGCCAGCACCCAAAUCCUGUCCUUUGUGCCUGAGCCAAAUCUGUUGAGCUUCACAUGCCAGCAAAAUAUGUGAAGAGAUGUUAUGUAAAAACCUCACACUGUC